AUCACUUUUACAUCUUAAGAUAUAUUAACAUUUUAAGCAAUUUUAAAAGUAACCUAUAUUUUAAGUCAUUUUACCUAAGGGAUAAUGAACGCAAUAUCAAGGAAAGAAAGUAGUGAUCAGGGUUCACGAAAUUAAGUGUAAAUCAAAGCAUGGAGGAAGAAAAAUUCAAGCUAAAUUAGUGAUUUUUAAUCUUUGUAUGGAUCAUUAAACUAAUCAUUAAAUGAUGAAUAAAUUAAUGAUUUUAGAUUAAACCGUAAUACAAAUAGUGGAUCUAAUCCAAACAAUUCAUCUAGUAUAAAUAGAAACAGUAGUGGAGAUGAAUCAUUUUAUAGUGUAAACUCUAAUCUUUAAGAUAAUAUUAUGGGUUCAGUCAGUGAAAAAGAUAAAGAAGAUUUGAGAGAUGAGGAUUUUAAAAGUAUUAAAGAUAAUAAUUCUAUGAUUAGUUUUAACUAAGUUAACUUUUAUCAAGCUGCAAACAAUAACUUUUCUGGGAAAACUAAUUAAGAUGAAGAUAAAGAGCUGAACAAUUCUAUUCUAUAUUAGGGUUUCCACACUCCUAAAAAUCAAAGUUCUUUAGAAAAUGAAAAUGAUAAUUUUAAAUUGAGCUAAGAAAUUAAGCAUAAAUAAAAUAUUUAUAAAAUCAGCAAUACCAGUUAAAGGCACUCAGAUGUACAUUCAAACUAUCAGUAGCAAAAUUAUUAAAUUUAUGGAAAAAGUGGGAGAUAUAGCUAAUAGCCAAUAAAUAGACCUCAUAACUAUCACAUAAAUGGUGCUUGUGUAAAUUAAAAAAAAAGUGAUACUUCUUCCUAGGAUGAUUAUUCUCAUAGGUCAAGUGUUUAUAAUACAAAUCAUCCUUUUAUGUAAACUUCAAAAAAUUAACAAGAAGAAUCUAGGAGAUCUAUAGGUUAGCCACUUCUGGCUGAGAAUAGCUAAAGAAAAUAGAAAAACUCUGUUUAAUUCAAUGAGCAAACUACUCAAAAUUCAAAGAUGCAAAAUAAAUAUUAAUCUCCUUCAAUUUAAGGUAAAAUAAAUGAUUUAAAAGGAAAUUAAUCAGAAAGUUAGAGGCAAUUGUUAGAAAGAAAAAAUAAAGUGAAUAGAGGAAAAUCACUUUCAACUUUGAAAAAGAUGAUGUAAUAAGAUAAUAGCUAAUAACAAAAUUAAGAAGAUGUUGAUGCAAAUUAAUUUAAUUAUUAUUAAUAAAACAAUUAAUAAGAAAAUAUAAAUUUAGGACAGAAUAAUUACUAUUAAAAUGUAAAUAAAAUUUAAAAUUCAAAUUACUCAAACCAAGAUUAUUACAUAAUGAGUAGACAAAACACAAUAUAAUCUCAUUAAAGAAUUAAAAGUUAAUCUAGAUCGACAUAAUAAAAUUUCUCUGAAGAACAUAUUACAGACUAAAUACUAUAAAAGAAUUCUUCAAGCAACUUUAAGCUUAGCUUAGAUCGCUCAGAAAAUUCCAACUAUGAAAAGUAGCUGCAGCAAUUUUUAUAUUAUGAAAGGUUAAGAAAGAAAUAGAAAUUUAGACUUGCCCAUAAUAAUAGAUUAAUUGAAAGAAAAAAGAAUGAUAACCAGUCUAAGCCUUUAUAAGAAUAAAAAUAGAGUAGAAUUACGAUGAAUUUAACUUUUCUCAUUUACAUAAUUUUGGAAAAACAUCCUAAACUAAAAUAUCUCCUUUUUUUAAACCACAUCAUAGGUGCUAUCUCUAGAGGUUUUGUUUAUGCGAUCUUGAUCUUAAUUAGUAUGAGAGCUAGUUAGUAUUUUAUUAUUUUUGGUUCUGCAAUUAUGUUGACUCGUUUAUACUAUGUUGUUAGCAUGUACUAUGUCCUAUUUUAUUUUGAAUAAAAAUCUGUAUCUUUCCGCAAAAUCAGCAAAAUAUUUAACAGUUUUUUCUAGCUACCUUCUGAAUAUAAAAAACCUGUCAUGUCUGAAAUGAUCGAUAUGAUUAAUUUUAAUUAAAGAGAUCAAGAAGAAAAGUAGAUGAAAAGAAAAUUUAUAUUCUGUCCAGUUGAAAUAAAUUAUCUCUGUUUGAAUAAUUAUGACAGUCGUAAAAAGUGGAAUCUAUUUUAUUUAAGCAAUUUUAUUUACUAAGGCAUAGAAUCAAUAUUUCUGUUUCCAAUAGUAAUUGCUAUAUCAGUCCACUACUAUGAACAAAGUUAAGUCCUACUAAAAAUCGACUUUCUAGUUUUCUCUAGAUAUAUCAUAGUAGGAUCUGUAUCUAUAUUUUUCAUAUUUUGCCUCUUCAUUUUAAUUUACGGAAACAGAAACUUCAAGGUUUUAUGA